AUGGCGUCUUCAUCCAACAAGAUCCAAGUCCCUUUUACUGGAAAAUGGAGUGAUUUCUCCAUUGCUGAUGAUGGAACAAAGUACGUUCCAGAACCCAAAGGUAGCAAAGAACAUCGAGAAAUCUGGGAAAGUCAGAACAAUCCUUUGGCAAAUUCUGGAAAGAUUAUGGAAUCUUCGAGUAUAAUACAAUUUUCCAGGAUAGGGCCUAAGUAUCAACCUGAAAUGCUCAUUGCUGCAAUGCAUUUCUUUGAAAAAUCUACCAACACCUUUCAAUUCAAAAGUGGUAUGAUGACACCCACCCUAUUCGAUGUGUCAGCUAUCACAGGGUUAAGACCCACUGGCAAAACCUACAGCCCCAAUGACGCUAGUGAUAACAUCACUUUGAACUACAAAGAGAAUGCCUUUUCCGCCUAUAUCCUUAAACAUUCAGGACCUGAGAAUGAAGAAGUCUCAGAUGAAGAACAUGUGGCUUUUCUCAAUUUAUGGUUAUCCCAUUAUGUAUUCUGCUCUCGAUCUCUUCAAAUUGCUAGGAAAUUCAUUCCUAUGGCUGUGCAAAUACAUGAAGGAUGCCACUUUGCUUUAGGACGCCUUCUGCUGGCAACCUUGUAUGAAUCCAUUGGGGAGGUCUGUGAUAACCUGAAAGGUUUAGUCCCUGCUAAGUCGAAAUCGAAGAAAGCUGCCACAGAUGGAUGCUUUCAAGCUGCUGGGCCUAUGUGGCUAUUACAAUUGUGGUUAAAUGCCACUUUUGAAAAGGAACUUGGUUUAUUCAUUCCCACUGAACAUCAGGCUUCGAUAGCCAAAAGGAAAAUCGAAGGUACCCGUUUAAUAAGGCUCCAACCUAAUCCCCUCGAACAAAACUCUCAACAACUUUUCAUGAAGUACAUGAAAAUUUUCUUAGCCAUCGACCAAUUCAAGCCUGAACACGCUCCAUUUGUGAAAAGAACUAUUGGUCCCUCCUGGUUCGUCAAAGAGAUACCAGUGCUGAAUCCAAAUGCUGAGGAGGAAAUAAAUGAAACCUGGAUGGCAUAUUUGGACCCUACCAUUCUGUCUAUUCGAAUUGGUACCCUAUCCUCUGAAUAUGCAUUAGUUGGGUAUCAACCGAAUUUGGUCUCUAGACAAUUUGGGUUUUCACAGCUUCGACCAAAGAGCCACUACAAAAAAAAGUGGAAAUUGCAACAAAUGGAUAGCAACAGUUUUGUAGAACUGCCGUUUGUAAAUGUCACGGUAAUCGUCGUUGCGCUCUGGAGAUAUAUUGUGGGUGUAGUUUCUGCUGCUGUUGGGUUUGUUCCUGCUGUUUCUUACACAUGUUCUGAAGCAAUGGAUACGACUUGGAUUACACAACCACGAAAUACGCCAGAGUAUGCUAAAGGACUUAAUGGAUUCCUUGAUUUUGCCUUUAAAAAUCGUCCAAAUGGAAUGGCAAAAUGUCCCUGUAAAAAAUGCGGUUUCAAAACACCGCAAAGUAGAAGUGUGAUGUAUGAUCACUUAAGAGCGACACCAUUUCCAGUGGGAUACACUGAUUGGUGCUAUCACGGUGAGGUCGCGAUAGGAGAAAAUAGUAAUGGUUCAUCUAGUAAUCCUACAAAUGCAGUUCAUGACAUUACAAAUGGAGAAGAUCCUAUCCAGAACAUGCUUAACGAUGCUUUUGGAGUUGAUAGGAAUCAUGCAAAUGAAGUGCCUAUUGCAUCGAAUGUCGAUAUUGAAAUAGAUGAAGAUGUGACACCGGACGCGACUCAGGAGGGGAAUGAAGCAAAAGAGUUUUAUGAAUUAGCAAAAGAGGGGGAACAACCUUUGUAUGAAGGGUGUAAAAAAUAUUCAAAGUUGGCUUUUUUGGUGAAGUUGUAUCAUAUCAAAUGCUUGUGUGGAAUGAGUGAUAAGUCCAUGACAAUGAUUUUAGAACUCUUGCAAGAUGCAUUUGAACAUGCAAAGAUUCCAAGCUCAUUUUAUGAGGCGAAGAAAACAAUCACGAAACUUGGUUUGAACUAUGUAAAGAUUCCUGCUUGUCCGAAGGAUUGUAUGCUUUACUGGGGAAAUAAAGAAGAUGAGGAGAGGGAAACUUGUAAAGUUUGUCACACUUCCAGAUGGAAAUCAAGUAUAAAAUCUAAGGAGCGUGAGACAGGAAACGCUGACAACAGUUUGAAGAAAAUCCCUGCAAAAGUUCUUCGUUAUUUUCCAUUAAAACCUCGAUUACAAAGACUAUUUUUGUCUUCAAAGACAUCGGAGGAUAUGAGAUGGCAUGCUUUAAGUAAUAACAAUGAUGAAAUGAUGAGGCAUCCUAGAGAUUCUGAAGCAUGGAAACGAUUUGACUCGACACACCCUUGGUUUGCAUCGGAUGCACGAAAUGUCCGUCUUGCAUUAGCUACUGAUGGGUUUAAUCCCUUUGGCAUUAUGAGUUCAAACUACAGUGUCUGGCCCGUAAUUCUCAUUCCAUACAAUACUCCUCCAUGGGUGUGCAUGAAGCAGACAUCUUUUAUAAUGUCGAUGAUAAUUCCUGGAAAAAAUGCUCCAGGAAAUAACAUAGAUGUCUACUUACAACCUUUAAUGAAAGAGCUGCAAGAUUUAUGGACAACCGGUGUAGAUGCUUAUGAUUCUUUCAAGCAUGAGAUGUUCAAAUUACAUGCAGCUUUGAUGUGGACAAUAAGCGAUUUUCCUGGUCUAGGUAAUCUCUCUGGGUGGAACACGUACACUGGAUAUGCUUGUCCAACUUGUAACAAAGACUUUAAACCUUGCCGUCUUAAAAAUGGCAAAAAAUGGUGUUUUAUGGGCCAUCGUCGGUUUCUUGAUCGGAGACAUCGAUUUAGAUUGAACCGAAUUCGCUUUAAUGGUGAGCAAGAAUUGCGCGAUCCAUCAAGAAUGUUAUCUGGUUCAGAAAUUCUUGAACAAAUUUGUGACAUUAACGUCACAUUUGGCAGAAGUGUAGAGAAGAAAAAGAUUAGAAAAAGGUCACAACUUGAAGAUGGUCCAAAGUGGAACAAGAAAAGCAUAUUUUUUGAACUUCCAUAUUGGAAAGAUAAUUGUUUGCGCCACAAUCUUGACAUGAUGCACAUUGAAAAGAAUGUAUGUGAAAAUAUCAUAUUUACUUUGCUAAAUGAUAGUGGAAAAAGUAAAGAUAAUCUUAAUGCUCGAAAAGACCUUAAACUCAUGGAGAUAAGACCUGACCUCUGGCCAAAUGAAAGUGGAAAAUAUGCGUUAGCUGUAUAUGCAAUGACUAAUAGAGGUAGGAAGGAUUUCUUGGCUACUUUAAAGAACAUUAAUGUGCCUGAUGGGUAUUCGAGUAACAUUUCUAGGUGCAUUGAUUUGGAUAAUGGCAAGUUGAAUGGGAUGCUAAAAAGUCACGAUUGUCAUGUAUUGAUGGAGCAACUGUUACCGUUAGCCAUGCGGACAUCAUUGCCUGACAAGGUUUCGGCAGUAUUAAUUGAGUUGUGCUCAUUCUUUAGACAAUUGUGUGGUAAAGUGCUUAAAGUUGAAGAUUUGGACAUGUUGCAAAAUAAAAUCGUCCUCACUUUAUGCCACAUGGAAAUGUUAUUUCCUCCUUCAUUUUUCACUGUUAUGGUUCACUUGGUUGUUCACCUUGUUGAAGAAGCUAAGCUUGGAGGUCCUGUUCAUUAUCGGUGGAUGUAUCCUAUAGAAAGGUACCUAGGACAUCUAAAAUCAUAUGUUCGUAAUAAAGCACGACCUGAAGGCUCAAUAGCUGAAGGUUACCUUCUCGAAGAGAUUCUUACCUUUUGUUCAAGGUAUUUGGACGAUAUUGAAACAAGAUGGAAUCGAUGUGGUCGUGUAGAUGAUGAACCUAAUGAUGAACAACCUCAAUCACGAAUGUCUGAAUUGUUUCCUUUAAUUGGAAAACCAGUCGGAGGCUCUUCAUAUUUUACCCUUACACGAAGAGAAAAGUUGCAGGCUCAUCGGCACGUUUUAACAAAUUGCCCUGUAGUUGAUUAUUAUAUUCAGCAAUUUAGAACUAUAGUAAAGAGACAAAUGAGGGGAAGGCAUUCUUCUGAGGUAGACAAAAAAGUCCAUAGAGAAUUCGUUCAUUGGUUUUCCAAUCGUAUUGGCAACAAUCUUGACAGUCUUAGCGGACCAGAUAAAGAUGUUCUUAUUAGUCUAGCACAAGGUCCUCUGGACCAAGCUAGAAGGUUUACUGCUUACAAUGUUAAUGGAUUCAAAUUUCGGACCUUGGCACGAGACAAGUUAUUGAAAACACAAAACAGUGGAGUUUUUAGCUCAUUUGGAACAAGAAGUUACUCAAGCAGUAGUGAUGACCAUAUGAGGUUUGGAGACGUGCCUUACUAUGGCAGAUUAAUAGAUAUCGUUGAGCUUUUCUAUUGCGGCUUUUCGAUUGUCAUGUUCAAAUGUGAAUGGGCUAAUACAACUAACCCAAGAGGCAUGAAGAAAGAUAAAUUGGGUUUUACUUCUAUUAACUUCGCAAGCUUAAGACAUACUGGAGAACACGAAGAUGAUGAACCAUACAUCAAAGCUUCUGAAGCUCUAAUGGUCUUUUAUGUCGAUGAUGAGAAGGAACAAGGUUGGAGCAUACCAGUUCAUUUGAAGCCAAGAGACUUGUACGACAUGGGUGAAGAUGAAAGUGAAAUAAUGGCAUCCAAUGAGACAUAUCCAUCACAAAACUUGGAAGAACUCUUUCAAGAUGAUAACACACAUAUCCCUUUAGCAAGAGUUGUAAUAGACGAGGAUCCUGAAAGUUCAGCCAUCAAUCAUCACUCUGAUGAUGAUAAUAAUGAUAUGUUAAUUUGA